CUAAAUAGAAAUUAGUUCAUGCAUAAAUUAUUGAAGGAAGUUGUUAAAGUGUAUACCUAAUUCUAAAAAUUGGGUCCAAGUUACUUAGAUACCUUUGAUAAUCGUGCUAUAACAGAAGCAACAUUUGAAGCUGUUAAAACGAAACAAUUACAAGAAUAUAUCAAAAAAGAAUUUAAACCUAUUGGGGAUAUAUCUAUGUUACCUAUACAUUUAGAACCAGAACAUCGUUUUACUAUUGCAAUGUUUGCUUUAAAAUCAGGAGUUAAAAUGCCUUUACAUGAUCAUCCAAAUAUGUUUGUUUUAAGUCAUGUAAUGAAUGGAAUUGGUGAAAGAGAAUCAUGGGAUAUUGAUCCAAUUGAUCAUCAUCAACAAAUUGAAUUUAGAAAAAAUAAAGGAGAUUCUAGAAUUUUAAAGGCUAUACAAUAUCCUAAAUUAUAACUUAAAGAAGGUGAUAAUUGUUACACAACUCCUAAUAAGUGUAAUUUACACAAAUUUUCAAAUGUAUUCUAUCAUUUAUAUCAUUUAGAGUCAUGAUUCAGAACUAUUCAUGUUUCUUGAUGUUAUUUUACCUCAUUAUAAUGGAGUUGAUAGAGUUAUUAACUUUUAUCAACCAAUAAGUGAGAAUCAAUUAGAAUUGAUGGGAAAUCCUAAAACCUAUUAGAGACAUCCCAUUGAUGUUGAUGAUAUCAGAGAGUUUAUAGUUUAAUGAAAUUUAGACAUAAUAUCAAAUGAUUUAUCAUUACGUAAUAAAUUAUCAAAAAAUAAAAUCUUUUC